AUGGGCAAUCUACAAUCGACCUCCGCGAAAGAUGAGACCCGCCGUGCCAACCGCCUUUCCAAGCCACUGACCAAGAAGCUUGCCCUGAGCACUUCGCAGCCCUCUCACCUUGAACCCGAUCGGCCGGAGCUUCUGACCGGCCUGAUUGGAUGGCAGAACCCUUGGGUUGGCUCCCAGAUCUCCAGAGAUAUCAGAGCUAGCUACCCGAAAGCUACGGAGAUCCCUCCAACCUUGUUCGAAGCUGAGCCGGAUUCAGCAGUGCAGAGUCCCACCGAGAGUCCUACUCUAUCUCCGACUCAGUCUCUGAAAGAGCCAAGUUUGGAGCCCGUUUCACCUCACUCGGGCUCUUUUUCCAGCAACCCGUCUAUGAGAAGAGCUUCGUAUCAACCUGGAACAUGGAAUGAGUAUUCUCAAGCGCCACCGGUGCCAGAACGGCCCCGACGGGCCAAUUCAACACAAACGACUCUACAGAGACACAGAAGUGUCAUUUACGAGAGCCCGAUCGAGGAUGCCACAUCCUCUAACACGGCCUUUUUAGUGGGGAACCAGCGUUUCUCGCUCACCCGCCGUCGGUCCUUGCUGACACGGCCGGGAGUUGCUACCCGACGAACUACUGGUGCCGUUCGGCGCGUGCCUUCACCGAUCGGUGAGCCCGAGAGCUCUGAUGAUCCGAUUGAGUCGCAGGGCUUACAAUGGCCGUUGCCUCCUCGUGAAAGAAUUUCUUUGCCUGUUUCGCUUCCGGCACGGCCAACAAGCCCUGCAGAUCCCCGGUAUACCCAGCUCGGUGCCCUAAAAUUGGGGUCCUUACGAGUGGUCAACGGCUCUGCAUCCCCGUGUCCCAGUGACCGUACUCCUGUGGGACAAACCCAUGCUACAGCUCCGGGGCUCGGGUUGAAGAAUGUCGAGACUGUUGGUAAGAGAGGCUCUACCCUGGAAAUACCCUUAGUGUCCGAUAUGAAGAAAUCAGACGAUUUACCCGGCAGUCCAUUCUCGUUCGAGAAGUCUCCUAUUAUGGCAGGACCCCGGAGUAAGCCGAUCUUCCCCGGUGAGGAGGACGAGGGCAUUGCCAUGUGCGAUGUUCAUCUAGGAAAGAGUGCCGUGGACGCCGGAGUCGAUCAAAGUACUCUUCGAUCCCUCAACAAGUCCGACAGUGGCUACAGCUCUGCGACUUCCGUUCGCUCCCUUCAGCGAAGCCAAACAAGGGCAUCCUUUGACUCGCAGACUUCCAGUUAUUGCGCCGCGGACAGCACCAAGAGCGUCUUCAUCGGAAACGAUCAGUUCUGCGUCCCAAUCGAUAAAUUCCAGCACCACUGCAGCCUCCAGGAAGCUCAGACUAGAAACUUCUCGCGGAUGCAUCUAGCUAACGAUCGCUGGUACGAUGGCAAUGGCCCGGCCACCCAGCCCCUUGCGGGAUUGCGGGCACGCCGAUCUACACUGUGCGCUCCUCGAUACACGGAAUACCCUGAACCCCCUGAGCCUUCCCUGGUGGACACACCGUAUGCAUUUGCUUCCCAGCAAGAGCGGACGAUCUACACUGGAAAAGCCCCGCAUGACGACCGCUUUUACAGAUGUGCGGUGGACGUCGCUUCCAGCGCGGGUUCCUCGACGACUUUAGUGACAAUGCCGAGCUAUCAGCAGAUUGCAAACACCGAUAUGCGAGGCCAAGCGCACCGGUCUAUCUCCGGGCAUCGAUCGUACGGUAGCCACGAGUGGUUCGACCACUCUCGAUCCAGGAGUAGACACAGCGGCCGGGUCUGGAGCCAGAAACCCGGCAUUGAUGCACCGCCGCUGCCGACGAUCUUGUCCCCAGAUAAUCUCCAAGCCGGGAAAGAUCGGGAGUCAGAAUUCCCUCUCCCCGAAACGUAUCGCGGCCGACCUAGAAGCCGAAGUCAUGAUUAUCACCGCAAAUCGACGAAAGAGCGGCCCCAGCCUGAAAUGUGCAUAUAA